CUCUACUCGACUUUCCUGUUUUGAGCCAGCGAUUCAGUUCAGCGUAGGAUCACGGGACUCUCACCGAACCAAGAUGGCGUCUCGGGCGAUGUUGGUCUGUCGUAACAUUUUCGCGAUAUUUCUUUGCCUUUCGGGGACCUAUGGUAUCUCUGGUGAUCCGCAUAAAGCAUUUAUAAUCCAGGAAGCAGAGAAGACUGAAUCGGCCUCAAGGGUUUUCAUCGCCAGUGCCCCUCAUUAUGUCUCAUUUCUAAAAAAUGCUGGCGAGAUUCCCUCUCAUGAAGUGUCAAGUAUCCUCUCCCUUGCUUUGGGCAUUACAGUACCUAAGGACAUACAGUGGGCUGGUCUUCUCGCUGGGGAUAUCUUCAGACGCCCCAAGGCUAACAUCUUGAUAUCUGUUGAUGGCGUGACCAAAGGUGACAAGUUUGAACUACCAGCUAAAGCCUCCUUUCCUGUGCAAGAGACUGAGUCUGCUCCUGGCUUGUCUGACAUCCUGUCAACAGCUAAUGCCGAAGGUGAAACCUUGGCAGCCCGCGUCUCAAAGAUGUUCUCAGGAAAGCCCCUAACAUUGUCUAUCUCAAGCAGUGAAAUGAUGGCUGGCCUGGGCUCUGGUUUUGGUGAAAAUAGCCAUACAUUUGUCUGGAGGCAGAAACCUGAGAAAUUUAUGCUUACCGAUGAUGACAAUGCUGGUAUAUUUGCUGACAUGCAGUGCUCUAAAGCACAGUUUUUGGCUAAGUUUGAGAAAGCAUCGUUUGGUCAAGGUGUUUCAUUCUCAAAAUCUGCUGGGGUAUUCACUGUCUCACUACCAGGGCAAGAAAAGGCUGUCUUUGACAUAGAGAAGCAGGAGGAUUUUUUGUUGUUUGCUGAAAUCCAAAUGAUGUCGGAUGCCCUUGAGAAGCUCAAAAGCAAUCCUAAACUCACCUCUGAUGGUAUCCCUGACGUCAUCACUCUAACUGUCUCCUCCCUCAAGAUGAUACGCAAUCGUUACGGAAAAGACUCCCUCCAAGCCAAGGCUGCUGUACAACUUCUCAAGUCCGUCCUACCCAAGCUCACUGCAGGCUAUGCUGACCUGUACCAUGGUGACGCUUUGGUUGAAGUGCUAACUACCGAGUGGCAUGGCGACCUGAAGGAGAAAUACCCUCAAGAUGUCAGCGGUAUCUACCAGCUAGUGCAGGGACAGUUAGAGUCACGUGACAUGCAGACGUUUCAUCAGCAGCUACCUCAUCUUGCCUUGAGACAUGACUUGGACGAAGCUGGCAAGCAAACCCUGUGUGAUUCUCUUCAGAAUAAAUUAGUCGCCAUGCAGUCAAAGCUCAAGGUAAACUGUGCCAGUAGAAGGACUUUAAGCCGAAAGCGCCGUGCAUCAGAUGACCCUACUCCCUCAGCCUCGCCAAAGCCGCCGUCGAAGAACCCCCUUAACCUCGCCUACAACUACACGCCCAUGUAUUCCGCCAUUUUCAACAUCUGGCUGUGGCUCAUCGUCGUUAUAGUGCUAUCUGUUUACGUCAUUAGUCUAGUAUUGUGGUACAUGGAUCCUGGCCGGGAUAGCAUUAUCUACAGGAUGACUAGCCAGAGAGUUAAAACGGACUAGGGUGUCCCACACAGAACAUACUAGGACCACGCGGAAUUUUGAAUUUGACUAGAACUUUCAAUGUUUUUUUUUUCUGAGGCAAUAAUAUAGCACCAGGAAUUUGAAAAUCAAUAAGGCUUUUUCUAUAAUGUUAACAAUGCCAUCAUCUACAAGAGAGGGUCAGUAAUGAGAGAAAUAGGGUGUCACCCUCAGAGCUUACUAGGACCACCAAGAUUUUGGAAUACAAAUAGGAAAUUAUAUUAAUAAGAGUGGAGUACGAUAUCCCUCAUAUAACAUACUAGGACCACCUGUAAUUUAGAAUUCACUUGGACUUUCUGUUAUGUUAAUAAAAACCUCAUCUUCAAAA